ACAGUUUUAUCUGCAACAACGGACCAAGUGUAUAACCCUGACGUCACACGCUGGGCCAAAUGUUAAAGCGUGUUUCAGGCAAACUCGGCCAGGCACUUUUUUUUUACACAUCGGUGUUCGUUUUGGUAGAGCUUCUCGCUUAGGCGAAUAGUGUUUAUUUCUGUGUUUUUACAAGUCAUAUUGAGGAAAUAAAAUAAAAAUAUCCGGAGGUUUUUGUGAAGCAUGGAGUUUUAACUUAUGAAAACCAUGUAGUUUUUGUCGGAGACAUGGUACGGGAAACUAGAUAUUUGAUUGUGCGAAAUUUGCCAGAGAAUUGCACAGAGGAGAAAGUAAUCGACCAUUUUCAGCGGUACGGUAAGAUUCAGAGUGUGAAGCUUCAGGCAGCCAAAGACAAUGAUUCAGGCGGCAACACAGCUACUGUGGCAUUUAAUGACAUCAAGUCAGCGGCCAAGGCGCAUCAUGCCAAAAACAAUCUUGGGGAGGUGACUCUUAGAACAGACUACUGGGAAGGUUCCACUGGCACCCCUGUUAUCGCCACCACCCCAGUGACUACACCCACUGCGGUCCGUCCCAACUACACAAAUGCUCCUGCAAGUACAUCAAAAACGGUGGCCAGUUUCACAGCCUGGAAGAAAGGAAGUGAAGAGGAGACAUCAUCCAACCAAGAGAAAGUAGUUGCUGCUGUAGCAAGUGGAGCAAGUACACUGACAACAAGUUCAGACAAAGUCUCCACACCUUUUGAUCACCCAUCCAGAAGUCGGCCUAGAGAGAGGUUAAAUAAAAAGAAAUUUGAAAAAUUGGGAAAAAAUGGUUCAUUCGGACGACAUGGUACAUCCACAAGGAGUCUUGAAGCAUUUCGUUCACAGUCUGAAGCACUUGGACUUGUCGCCUCCACGGUCAAUUCGGCCACCACCCCUUCCAUCUCAGCAUCAGGACCAAAUGGCAGCAAUGGUGGGGCCAGUGUGUUGAACCCCAUUAUAGUCAAUGACCCAAAAGAUAUCAACAGUAACAAAGACAUUAAAGAAGCUGGCAAAGAUGUUGUUUCCAAAUCAGCAGCAGCAUCUCCUGGCAGUCGUAACAGUGGUUUGAAAAAGUCACAAUCUAAUUCAAGGUCGGUUAGUCGAAGCAGGUCAAAGUCACAGGGUUCAAAGUCUAGUAGUAGUAGAAGUGAUUCUUCAGGAACUAGCCGGUCUACCUCACCACACAAAAGCUCAACAACUAGACCAUUGUCUAUGGUAGGUGCUUCCAAAUUGGGAAGUAGCGAAGUCAAAGAAACAAAGAAGGAUGAGAACGAUAUUGAUAGACGGCCAUUAGGCAUCUGUGUUAAAGGCUUGCCUUUAAGGUCCACAGAUUCCAGUUUACGAGAUGGAUUGUAUCAUGAAUACAAGAAGCAUGGGAAAGUCACUUCAGUACAGAUAUGUCUUGAAGGGGAUACUAGAUGUGCUAUCGUUAGCUUCAGGAAACCUGAGGAUGCCAGUAAAGCUUUAGAAGCUUCCCAAGGAAAAAUUUUCUUUGGUACAAAAAUUAGAGUUACUUCUCAUGAAGGAGUUGAAGUGGAUGAAGUCAAUGAUGGCAAUGAAAAUGAUAGUUUGGAUGAAUACCAUCCCAAGUCCACACGUACACUAUUUGUAGGCAACCUUGAAAAAGAAACCGUCAAAGACGAUUUGAUAGAGAAGUUUAAAAAGUUUGGAGAAAUUAUUGAUGUAGAUGUGAAAAGGCAAGGGGCCACAACUGCAUUUGCUUUUGUUCAGUAUGUGGACAUCACUAGUGUGGUUGCUGCCCUUAGAGCAAUGGAAGGAGAGCACAUUGGGAUCAACAAAAUCAAGUUGGGAUUUGGUAAAAGUAUGCCCACCUUCUGUGUGUGGGUAGACAACUUACCUAGUGACAUGACAAGUCGCUCGUUGAAGACUGCGAUGGCCAGGUAUGGAGACAUCACGUAUUGUUUUGUUGACAAACUACGCAACCGAGGGUUGAUAUAUUAUACAAACUAUGAGGAUGCCCAGCACUGCGUGAGUGAUAUUAAGAUGAGGCCACAUCUCAUGAAGAAGAAGUUGCAGAUUGACUUUGCCAGUAGAGAAUGCCAGAAUAAUUUUCUGGACACAAUGGAAGAAACUGGCCAGAUGCGAGCGAAUGAAAGACCUGAUGAAUCCCGGUCACAUACUAAGUUUAGACAAAGAAGUUUUGAAAAUGUUACUGAAGAAGGAAGUCCAUCUAGUUUUGUUUAUAGCAGAAGUUCGAGUGGCUAUGGUUCUCGAAGAAGAAGACAGUAUGAUUCUAAUUAUACUGAAGAAAGUCAUCAGACUUCCAGACGAUCUCGAAGAGCUGCUGAAGACUUCACGGUGCAGUCCACUUUAUACUAUUCAGGUAAAGGAACCAGUGAUGACUAUGUAGCUGAAUUGAGAGAGUAUGAAUACAGCAAGAGGGAGCGUCGUGAUAGGGAUCUCAGUCCUCGCCAUUCAUCUGCUGACCGUAGGAUUGAUGGUCAGUCUUGCAGAGGCUCCAGAGAUCACUCACUUGAUCGCUAUGAAGAGCGUCAAAAAGAAAGAAGUGGAGAGCUGUUCAACAGCCGAGAAAUCAGCCCGGGAAGUGAACACAACUCGUUUCAUUCUGAAAAUCGCUACAGGUCGUCUCGUGAAGACAAAUAUCUCAACCGAGAUCGCUAUGAAGAUGGUAAAACUGAGGACAAAGACUUUGAUCACCAUAGCCGCCCCAGUCGAACAACUUCUCCCUUCUUACAGAACCACACUAGCUUGCACUCCCAUGACAGCGACUUGAGACGCUUGGGCUCCCAGUCUCCUCCAACUCCACUUCAGGAGGAUGCACCAAGAUUCUAUUUGGAGGACUACAAGCAACGUGUGGAGGAUGAAUUUGACUCCUAUUCUAGUAGAAGAAGAGAUUCUGAAGAACUCAACAAAUCCAAAUCUUGGAUCAAUUCCUCCAAACUUGGUGCUGAAAUGAUCAAAACAGUGGAGAGUAGAAAACGGAGUCAUGAACAAUCAGGGCUUUCAGACUUGACUAAGUUAGACUCUAAACUUGUCAGAAAGCAUGAAAAGUCAUCCACACUUGCUGAAAAUAAACUCAAGAAGAUACAUAGACAGCUGGAAGCCAACAGAAGAGGGUUGAAAGACCAUCCCAGCAGCCCAGGAUCCUCAGGUAGUCAUGGAGACUCUGAAAAUGGGUCUGUGAGUGAGGGUGAUCUUCAUCACUUGCACCAAGAGAAGCAGCACAUUCUCAAAGAGCUCAAGGAAUGUGAGGCUGAAGUGGUGGAUGCCAGUGAACCAGAAUCUCCAAACUCAGGGGCUAGAAUUAAAUCUGUUGCAGUUAAAGACAAUUCUAAAUUGUUUGGAAGGAUCCUGGAUGACAAGAGGGCUGAAGAGCUCUCAUUCAGGCGGCAGGAGAAGUUAAGACGUUUGAAUUCCAAGUCUUGGAAUCAUAUCAGUGAUGAUAUGAGCUCUACCCGUGAAGACAAACAUUUAUUGUUUGAGAAGGAGGAUUCUCCUAGGGAACACAGUGAUUCUGACUUGGAACUCCAGGUUCAUGUUAAAAAAAGGAGGACUGAAUUUCCCAGUGACUCUAGUGAUGAUGAACAUUUGGAAAGCUGUUCAGAGCAGAAUGUAAGGAUACCUAACUCUUUGCUGGAUAGAAGAGCCUUGUGUGAUAGUAAAACCAAUUCUUUUAAGUUCAUGGAAAAUUCUAAAUUGACAGAUGUAUCAUCUUCUUGUGAUAAUGGUCAUCUUUAUAAAGGUGGAUUAAGUGAUAAAGACUCCUCUGUGAUACAAUCCUACAGAACUUCUUCGUCCAUAUCUAAUCCUUACCUAACAAGUGAAUGGAAUAUCCCUCUACCAGCACACGAGUCAAGCCCUCCUGGCUUUAGCUCUACUUACAGUGAAGAAAACACUCAAGACUCUGUCAUGUCUGGCAGUUUGUCUAAUAAAAGCUUUAAGUCCCCACCAGGCUCACCGUUGGGAAAAUACUGCUCAGACAGUGACAGCUAUUCCAAAUAUGUUGUUCCAGAUCCAGAGGAUUCUUUUUCUGAUGAUAGCCUUUCAGAUAACCAGCUUGCACCUAAUGCUAAAGAACUUGAAGAACGUCUUCGCUGCAUUGAUGAAAUUCUGAAUGGCACCACCAGCAGGUCAUCUGAUCUUACAAUCUCUUCAAGCUUUUCCAAUGACAGACUCCGUAAGAGUGGGCUUGAUGGUAGUAGUUUCUUGUCUGAAAAGAGGCAAGAACCUUCUGUCAUAAUGCAGCAGGUCUUGAACAAGAAAAGUAUUCUAGAUCAGGAUAUUAUACGACUAAAGUGUAACAACAAAAUGGAUCAAACAGCAGAGCUGGAGUUGGGUAUAAAGCCCCUUUUAACUAUUUCACCAUGGCCACAUCCAGUGACCACAUCAUCAUCCAUGCUUCAACCUACCAUUACAACUUCAGUGGCCAAUUCACUUUCAACAGCCCCGAUCAGCACCAGUGUUCUCACUGCAUCCAUUGUGAGUGCACCGGCCACCAGCUCAAUUAACAACAUAUCACCCAAAACUGCAGCAGUGGAUAGCUUGCUUUCAUCUAGACUUUCAGAGCCUGCAAAUAAUUGUGGGUUCCCAGCAGAGAAACUGCCAGUUAGCACAAAUUUGACGUUGGAUGUUCCAUUAUCAUCUUUGUAUAGUAGUACCUCAACAUCAAAAUCUGUGUUUAGUUUAGUUCAGUGUUCCUCAGUGGAUUCCAUUGUAGACACUAAUUUAUUGAUAUGUCCACCAGAGGGUAAAUGUACAUCUACAUCAUUACCACCAUCAUUACCGUCACACACACCUUUGUUAUCUGUUUCAUUAACCUCAUCAUCUCCCUCAUUACAUGUUAAAAGUACCAUGCAGCAGAUAGUACCACCCUCAUUACCUGUAACACCAUGCCCCUCCUCGUCCUCCUCCAUAAUGUCAUCAGUCACUAAAUCCCCUGUGGGGUCCACAGUGGCUGCUCCAUUUACUCAGGGACCAGAUAAACUACAGCUGAUGCCAACAGUUGGCCAAGAAGCCCCACACAUCUACUCUUCUUCCUUCACCCCAGAAAACUCUAGAACUUCGACCAGUUCCCACCUGCCAGGGAAUCAAAGUUCCAGAGUCCCAUCACAUAAACCAAGAGAUGACCAACAUAACAAACAGGAGUUGAUAGUCCAUAUUAUAAAAACUGAAGACGAGUCUAAAAAUAAUGUGACUGUUUCUAAAACUGAGGAUGUGACCCCUGAUAUUGAAUCUCCUGUAUCUGUCAAAUCAGAAACCUCCAGCAAUUCCUCAGUACCGCUGUCUUCCAUUAACAAAAAUAACUUAGCUCUCGAAGACAAAGUUAUUCCCAUUGUUCAGACUUCAAGUUCAGAAAACAACAACAUUGUAAUUGUCAAAUCUCCCAUCUCAAGUGGUGAGUUAAAGACUGGAGUCAGCAAUCUGUUUUCAGAAAACACACUAGAAAAAUCUGACAGUUUUGAUGUAAUUGAAGCUCAAACUGCCAAUACCAAUGUGAAAAAAUCGGAUGUCCUAGAUUGGUCUUCUAAAAAACCUGAAGUGUCUCCUCCAGUAAGCAGCCUUCCGGUAUAUGGUGUCAUUACAAAAGAUAACCCAGACAAGAAAGAUUUGCCAAGUCCAUCGGAUAACAUCAACAAAGGCAAGGCAAUGUCUUCUCUGUCUCUCAACAAUGACAAUGCUUCUAAGGUCAAUUCUAAUGCUCCCAGCACUUCUUCACUGUCUUCUACAAGGCAAUCCUCAGAAAGAUCAGAUAAAAAAUCUAAAACUUCUCACAGCAAUUCAAAGAACUCUGCUAAAUCAGAAGCUCUUUUUGCCCCAGAUGUUAAAGUCGAGCAACCAAAAGAGAAAACAGAAAGCAAACACCCAAACAAAGACUCUCACAAAACUAGUAACAAGUCUUCUACAAGUUCAGAUAAAAAAGUUUCCAAAAGUUCCUCCAAAGAAGCUUUGGAUAACAAAGUUGUGUCAGGUAGUAGUAGUAAGGAUCAUGAUAAGAAGAGCGAGCUUGCUCAUAAAAGCUCAGGGCAUGACAACUCAAAAGCAGAUAAAAACAAAGUCAAGGACAAGAAAGAUACUAAAGAAAGUGAGAAACCUAAACCAAAAGAAAAGGAAGAGACCAAGAAAAAGGAAGACAAGAAACCUGGUACAGAUAAAACUGAACCAAAGUCAGGAGCUACAAAAGAAGACAAAAAAGUGGAUAAGAAAGUGGAUGAGAAGAAAGAAAAGUCUGAGAAGGACAAGAGUAAAGAGAAUGACAAACAUCCACUCAAGAAAACUAAAACAGAGAGCACAGACAGCAACAAGAAAGACAGAAAACUGAAAUCUAAAGAAACAGUCAAGGAAAAAGUUGUAGAGAAGAAAGCAUUCUCCAGUCUUUCAUGUGUAACCAAAUCCUCGACUCCAGAGGUCAAAUCUAAAGAUGGUCCCAAAUCUGAUUUUAAGCUCAAGACAGAGGCUAGUAAAAGUGAAGAGAAAGCUAAGUUAGAUAGCAAGCAUAAACUAGAUUCCAAAAGUACAAAUAAAAGUGAAAAGUCUGAUAGCCAUCUUGUUCCUAAAAAAGUGACCACAGAUUCGUCCAAAAGCAAGAAAGAGAAUGAAAAACAUUUAUCUCUAAAUGUGAAAAAGAAAGAAGAAAAGUUGAAACAGAAACUAAAAGAUGAUAAAUCAAAAGAUGAAACUAAAGAAAAACAGAAAGAAGAAAAGGAAAAAUCAGAAAAGGAGGAAAAUGAAAAACAAAAAGAAAAAGAGAAAAAAGAAUUAAAGGAAAAAGAAGAGAAAGAAAAGUUGAGACGAGAGAAGGAAGAAAAGGAACGUCAGAAAGAGGAAAGAGAAAGAAAGGAAAAAGAGGAGAAACUCAGAAAGGAGAAAGAAGAAAGAGAGAAGCAAAAAGAACAAGAAAGAUUAGAAAAAGAACGGCUUGAAAAAGAAAGAAAAGAAAGAGAAGAAAAAGAAAAACAGAAAGAAAGAGAAGAGCGAGAGAAGCUGCGAGAGAAGGAAGAAAGAGAAAGAAGAGAGAGAGAACGAGAAGAAAGAGAAAGAAAGGAAAAAGAAGAGAGAGAAAGAAAAGAACGUGAAAAAGAGGAAAAGGAACGUAAAGAAAGAGAAAAAGAGGAGAGGGAAAGGGAACGCAAAGAGAAAGAAAAAGAAGACAAAGAACGAAAGGAGAGAGAGGAAAAGGAGAAAAAAGAAAAAGAGGAGAGGGAAAGGAAAGAGAAGGAAAAGGAGGAAAGAGAAAGAAGAGAGAAAGAAAAAGAAGAGAAGGAAAGAAAAGAAAAAGAAAGGAAAGAAAAGGAGAAAAAGGAAAAGAAAGAGAAAGAACGAAAAGCUAAAGAAGAAAAACUUAGAAAAGAGAAGGAAGAAAAGGCCAAGAAAGAGAGAGAGGAAAAAGCUAAGAAAGAGAGAGAAGAAAAAUCUAAGAAAGAUGAAAAAGGUAAAAAAGAAAAGAAAGAUAAAAAGGAAGAUAAAGAUAAAAAGGAUGACAAAGAUGAUGAUGACAAAAGUGAUAAAAAACCCCCUCCUAAAAAACCCAAAAGAAAUGAACUUGCUGUAUUAUUAGAUAGCAAUGACAGAUUCCAAAUGACCUUCACCUCUAUGUAUGAUCGAGUGAAAACUCAACGCAAUAGAGAACCUGAACAGCAUAAGCCAGAACCUGCUCCCAAAUCCUCCUUUGAUAAAUUUAAAAAGAAUCUUAAAAAGAAAGGCAAAAAGGCCAAGUCAUCACUUUAUUCCUGGGGCAGCAAUUCUGACUUGACUGAUGAUAGUGACUUGUCUGAAUCUGAAUCCAGCAUUAAAGCUGAUUCAGUGAAAGAAACCAAACCUAAAAAAACAGGGCUGGUCAAGAAGAGGCUUCAUGUUUCAUCAACCUCAUCGUCUUCAUGUGACGAGGAUGAAGAUGCAUUGCUUAGAGCUAGCAAAGCUAACGGGAAAAAGUCUGAAAAAAUUUUCUCUUCUGAUUCAGACGAAGACAAUUUUCCAAUCCCUAAGUCAUCCAAUAAAUCUAAAUCUAAGCCUGCUCCUAAAAGAAGGAAGACUAGAGAGGAUUCAACAGACUCCAUGACAUCAAGGGAGGAGUUUGUCAAACCUCAUGCCAAAAAUGUGAAUGAAGAUAGUCUGGAUGACUUAGAUCUUUCAGAUGAUGAUGAUACACCUAAAGUUUCAGUCAAGAAAAAGACAAAAGCCAUGAAGAGACCUGAUAAGUUGGCACAGGGGGAUAAACAUGAUUCCUCUUUGGAGUCUGUAUCAAAAAAAUCAGGGAAGGUUGAACAAGAAGCUUUAGUUGAACCUGUAAACAAAAAAUCUCAUAAAACUGAUAAAGAUGAGACCCCAGCUAAAAAAUUAAAGACAGAUAGUAAAGUUAUCAAAUCUGAUAUUGACAGGAAAAGCUCUGCAAAAAGUGAAGACAAGAAUAAACUGAAAGACUCUUCCAGUGACAAGAAAGAAAGAAAAGAGUCUGAGACAGAGAUCAAAUUUGAAAGCAAGAAAGACUCUGAAAACAAGAAAGACUCUGAAAGCAAGAAAGACUCUGAAAGCAAGAAAGACUCUGAAAGCAAGAAAGACUCUGAAAGCAAGAAAGACUCUGAAAACAAGAAAGACUCUGAAAACAAAAAAGACAUUGAUGGGAAGAAGAGUGCCGACAGUAAAAAAGAGGAAGUGAAAAAAGAAGUUGAAGUGAAAAAUGAAAAAUCCAAAGGUAAAGACAAAUUUUUUGGGGAUCUAAGUCUGAAACACUCAGAUGAGAAAAAGAAGAAGAAAGAUAAAGAAGAGGCAGUUGUCAAGAAGAAGAAGAAAAAGAAGUUAGACCCCAAAGCGGAAGAGGAGAGUGUGAAUUCAUUAAUCAACAAGGUCUAUGACUCCUCUAAAUUUGACAAAGACAAGAAACCAAAGAAAAGACCGAAACCCAUCUUAUUUGAUAGUGACAGCGACUUGGCAACUUCAGAAACUUCAGAAGUCAGCAAACCAACUACUGUUGAAGAGAAGGUUUUCACUAAAUCCAACACAGAAGUGUUAAAAAGCAAAGAGAAAAACCAAGAGAGUGUCAAAGAGAAAAACCAAGAAAGUAUUAAAGAUAAAAACCAAGACAGUUUCAAAGAGAAAAACCUAGACAGUGUCAAAGAGAAAAACCUAGACAGUGUCAAAGAGAAAAACCUAGACAGUGUCAAAGAGAAAAAUCAAGACAGUGUCAAAGAAAAAAAUCAAGACAGUGUCAAAGAGAAAAAUCAAGACAGUGUCAAAGAGAAAAAUCAAGAGAGUGUCAAAGAGAAAAACCAAGAGAGUGUUAAAGAAAAAGAAGUGAUGAAAGAGAAACACAGCAAGGAGACUAACAAACCUUCAAAUGAUGCAGUGAAGAAAUCCGAGUCUAAGAAGAAAGAUGUUUCUAAUGAUAAAGAAAGUGCUAAAGCAUCCUCCUUGGACGUGCACAAGAGAGACAAGAAAGCCAAAGACAAAGUGGACCAUUCAGAAAGGAAAAGUCUCAGUAGUAUAGAAGACUUAUCCACCAAACCACCUACAAAGAAAAAGAAGAAGAAAGAACAUGACAAGGAGAGUGACAAAGACAAAAGCAAGCCUUCCAAGAUCAAAAAGGUUGAUGACAACAAACUUAUCGGCACUAAACAAAGUUCUGAGACUGACAACAACAGCAAUGCCGAUACCGGUGGUUCUCAGCAGUCCCAAGUUGUGGAUGAAUUUGUUAGUUUUUGGGGACACCCUAAACCCAUUCUGAUCCCUAAAAGGUUGAAAGACACUCCAAAAGCAGAUGAUGACAAGAAACACAAAGAGAAAGAUGAUUGUAAAACAGAUGAGAAGAUGGAAACUAGUUUAGCUCCUAAAGAAGAAACAAUUAAAGAUGAAAAAGUUGUUAAUGACAAGCCAGAGGAUCAGCAGGAUGCUGACAAAACUGUGAAGGUUGAAGUAGAAACUAAUGAAGAUAUUGUUGUACCCAUUUCGGAAGCUGAGACCACAGUCACUACUGAGCUAGCUCAAUCAACUUCAUCUGAAAUAGCUGCCAUGAGUGGAUCUUCUCACCAAUCUGAUGCUGUCAGUGAAGAUGUGGCAGGUGUCAAAGAUGAAACCACGAUUGGUUCAUCAGUGGAAAUCCAUGAAGAUGACGAGGAUCCAUCUCUUGUGAUAGACGAAUUGUCAGAGAGUGUUUCAGAUGAAAAGAAGAAACUUACUAAGAAAGAAAAGAAACUUUUAAAACAGCAGCAAGAAGAAAAGGAAAGAAAUGACCAUAUGGAUGAAGUCAUUGCCUUUGUUGCCAAUGCUGGCUCUGGUGAUGAAGAUGAUACUGGGGAUAAGGAAAGUCCUUCCAGUUUGCAGAUAGAUUCAGCUAGUAAUGACAGAGAGCUGGAUCUUUUAGAUGUCAUAAACCUGAAAUAUGAAACUAAAUUUUCCAAUGAGAAAGACCACAAGUCAAUGAUAGUUUCAGACAUGUUUUUUCAAGAUGAUAAGAAAAAGUCUCCUGAAACUGCUCCAUUCAGUGCUUUCCGCAAAGAUAAAAAGGAGACGUCAGUCAAGAAAGAUGGGGACCAAGAAGUCACUCAGAAACCUACAACUCUGGCCAAGAAUGAUGACAUGAGUUUAGAAGAGGGUGCAACUGUAGCAUCCAAUGAAUCACCAGAGAAAGAAAAAGAAGAGCAUAAAUUAACAGAAGAAGAAAUCAAAAAGAAAGAAGCAGAAGAGCUUAAAAAGCAGCAAGAAGAAGAGGAAAGAAAAGCAGAGGAAGAGAGAAAAAAGGUUGAAGAAGAGAAAGCUAGACAAGAGAAAGAGCAGCAAGCAAUAAGAGAGGCAUCAGAUGAAGCAGCAAGAGCAGUGGAGUCUAUAUUGGAAUUUGAGAACACUCUAGGGCUAGACAUAGAGGAUGAUUUACCACCAUUAAACAUUGAGUCUGAAUCUAUUGAGACACCAACUGAAAUACCAGUAUCACCUUCCAAAGACAAAAGUGAAACUGAAUUAUUUUUCAAUAAUGCUAUACCUGAGAAACUGACGGCCAAUCUGGAUGACCAGUUACUACAAGAAAGUAAACUGUUAAUAAAGGGAGAUCAUACUGAUCACAAAAUGGACCCCCUCAGCUUUUUUGCUCAACCUCAGCAUGCAGUUAUUCCAGGGUUCACAUCCCCAAGGAGAAAUUCUGUGGUUCAAGAUAGGCCUUCAGAGCCUUCUGUAGCUUUACAGUCACCUCAAAGGCAGAUACCUCAGUCACCUCAAAUCCAGUCUCCUCAAAUUCAAUCUCCCCAGAUGCCAUCUCCUCAGAGGCACAUGCAGAGUCCACAAAGGCAGCUGACAUCUCCACAGAGAAUUCAGUCUCCACAAAGGCCACUUCAAUCACCUCUUCGACCUCUUCAUUCGCCCCAGAUAGGCUUGCAAUCUCCUCCAUUUUUCAAUAAAGAUGCUAAGAUGGAGAGAAGCAUAUUGUCCCCCAAUAGAGAGGUAUUGGUCAUGCAUGAAAUGGAGCCUACAUCAGUUCAAACCACUCAGAGAAGAACAUCCUCUGGUGUUCCUGUAACUGCUCCAGAGACAUCUAUCGAUACAUUACGCAGAAAAUCUCAAGAAUUUCCAUCAGAACAAGCUUUUCAUUCUCCACGUAGAAAUACCAUAUCUGUCCCUGAAGAAGCGGCUUCUACCCAUCUUGAGCAUAGGUUUCAGCAUCAUCAAGGAGCCAGUGUAAUCUACUCCAAGAAAAGUCCUCAUGGACAAUCUUCUCUCCCACCACCAGUUUCUAUUUCAUUGGACAAUGCUCCUCAUGAUAAAAACUUUCAAACUCCCAUUAGAAAUAUAAGCAUUCCCCCACACCAAGAUUGUAACUUAUUGUCACCUAAGAAAAUGUCCCCUAGUGUCCAUUUCAAGGACAUUCCUGCUGACCCAACAAUCUUCCAAAACACUUCCACAAAUAAAACACAUUUAACAGACUCUUUGUUCCCAUCUCCGAAAGCCUUGUUUAGUGAGUUCAGUCACCAUCAAAAGCACUCCACACAAGAGCCAAUGUUUCAUGGCAAUAAAUCUCAAAUUCAUGAUAUCUUAAAGGCCACUAUUCCAUCACCAGACCAGCACAUUUUCUUCACAGCCAAAGGGACAAUGCCAGAUAAAACUCUGGUGGCUAAAUUGCCUGAAAAUAAUUUUUCUACAAGAACACUGCAGGAACAGCUGUUUCAGCAAAAAGUUAAUCACCUUUCACAUGAAAGAAUAUCUCAGGACUCAGUAUUUCCUCCCAAAGGACAUUUAUCCCAAGACACAGUGUUUUCUCCUAAAGGACAUUUGUCCCAAGACACAGUGUUUUCUCCUAAAGGACAUUUGUCCCAAGACACAGUGUUUUCUCCAAAAGGACUUUUGCAGCAAGACACAUUGUUUUCUCCAAAAGGACAUUUGUCCCAAGACACUGUAUUUUCUCCCAAAGGACACAUAUCCCAAGACCCAGUGUUUUCUCCUAAGGGAGGACAUCUAGAUCCAUCUUACAAUUACAGUGAACCUGUAGUUGAUUUCUUGUUAAACUCUCCUCCAAGAAAUUCAGAUUUUAUCAAUUAUACCCCCAACUCAGAAGUGCAAAAACAAUUAGUGGUGAAGCCAGUAGAGGCUCAUGAUUUGUUUAACAACAAAGACACAUUUCACCCUGUUGACUCUAGGCUCAAUGAAAGGGUGGAGCAGCCACCACGAAGAAUGGAAGGGUUCCCCCCAUCAUUUUAUCAAGAACCAACACCUGCAGGGAAUAUGCCCAAAUUUGCAGAGACUGUCAAUCUGCAGCCAACGUCAUUCGAUGAUGACAAAAAGAAUCCACGUAAGCGUAAUAGAAACAACAAAAAAAACACCAAAGAAGACAGGGCAGCGGCACUUGCUGAGCAGCAAGCUAUUGAACAAAGUGUUCAAGCCAAUCUGGAAUCCAUCCAUAAAUCUCUGUCAGCUAGCCAGGCCAAGAAAGCUGAAACCAAUCCUUCUGAAAAGAAAAAAUCACCUAUUGAUGCUUACGAUUUUGAAGGGGGACAAGAAAUGAUGCCAUCCACAAUGUCAGCCAUGGAGCAUACCAAUUUCAGUGAAGACUUGAGACAAACUAGAUCUCGCAUUGAAAGAGGAAAACGUAACAACAGAGGAGGCUAUGGAACAAGACGUGGGAAAAAUGGUAGAGGAGGAAUGAUGUCUGUAAUGGAGUCACAAGAAUCUCUCCAGCGCCAGGAAUCCUUCUCUUUGCAUCAACAGCCAGUUUCUCAACAAACACCAUUUAAUGUGCAACAAAGUCAGGACCAGAUGAUCACAACACCCCAAGCAAAGCCACUUGGCUAUCUUUCUUAUCAGUUUCCAUCUCAACAGCAGCAGUCAUCAUUUCAACGGCAGACCUCUCAGCCAACCAAUCCAUCCUUUUACCCUUCCCCUCAGUCUUCUUCUGAUAAUACAUCAAGUAUGCCACUACCAGUGCCACAACAGCAUAGUCAAAACACAUUGCUUCAGCAACCUGUUCAAAGUGUACUGCCUCAACAGCAUGGUCAAAACGCAUUGCCUCAACAGCUUGGUCAAAGUGUACUGCCUCAACAGUAUGGUCAAAAUGCACUGCCUCAACAGCAUGGCCAAACCUUGCAGACCCUACCUCAACAGCAUAUCUCACACCAGCAGCCAGCAUUGCAACACCAGCAGCAACCUCAAAUACCUCAACAGCUAAAAUUACCAGUGAAAGUUGACGAAAGAAGUCCUGAAACCAACAAGCUAGACUUGGACUCUUCCUUUGGAGAGUCGCAACUUGUUAUCAAUCUGGAUGAUCAGCCGUCUAGUAUUGAAGGUAAAGAGAACCAGAACAGCCUUAGUUCUGAUGGUGAGUCUCCUGCCACUCCUAAAACUCAGAGGUCAACACGGGCUAGAAAACAAACCGAUUACAAAGCUAUAGCAUCAGGAACCAUAACAGUUCAACCCCCGACUCGCCUUUCAAGGUCAGGUGGCUCACCUAGAGGCCGUUCUGCAGGGACUCAGUCCCCCAAGAAUAACAUGUCACCACGGGCAUCCAGCUCUGAAAAUGUGCAGUCCUCUCCUGUGGUCAAAUUAGAGAAACUGGAAGUGACCCGUACAACUAGAAGGAGAAAAGCUGCUGAUGAGAGCUCUAGCUUUGAAGACUGGAAAGCGAAGAAAGGUGAGGAUAAGAAAGUGGUGCCUAAAGACAAUGUGUAUGAAUUUGAUGACACCGAGCCAGAUCAGAACAAGGAACCAAACUUAAGAAGUAGAACCAGAAAGAAGAGAGCCUCUGAAAAUCAAGACCCCACUCAGAUAGGUGUGGACUAUCUGGCUGCCUCUCCACCUGCAAGCAACGGUAGUCUGUUGUCUGAUCCUAAAGGAAGUUAUGAGUCAUUAGCUAAUGAUACAAAGCCUACAGAGGAAGUCAGCAAGCAAACACCUCUGAGUAAUGUAGAUGCAGUGAUAGAUGCAGUCUCUAAAGGCUUGUUUGGAGCUAUUGAAGAAGAUAGCAAUCAGGAUAUUCCACUUUCUGCACCAAUAGAAAUAGCUUCUACUCCAUCUCCUCUCCCUGCACCCCCAACGACACGCCAAACUCGAAGAUCAACAGAAGCAAAGAAAGAAGCAGAACAGAAGGAAGUGAAGUUCACCAUUGAACCUGCUAAGGCUGAUGUCCGUGAUGCUGGCAAGAAGGGUCCAACAGUGCCACCUAUCAGAAUCAAAGUGGCUCAUGUAGUUGAGAAGAAAGAAGAAAAACACUAUACAAUUGAGAGGGCCAAUAAAACUGUCAACUCUUCUACAGAGCAUCAUGAGAAGCCUCCUUUGGCUUUUACAGUCAAACUUUCUGACACUGGUACAGCAACAAUUAAGCCAGCGGGCUCUGGUAACAAUGGAGGUCAUUUUAAUUCAAAUACAUCACUUGCAGGUAAAAAUUCAGUGCCAGAGGGCAUAAAAUAUGGUGAGAACAAAGUGCAGGACGGAAUAAAGUAUGGCGAGAGCAAUUUGAAGAGAGAUAAUAACCUGGGGCUGUUCUCUGGGUUACCUCAGAAUGAACAGCAGCAGCCAAUCACUGAGCAUGAAGUUGUCAAGUCGGUACCAUCACAGUCCACUCCAUGGAAACCUGUGGACUCUGUGGCCAUGGACUCACCCAUUACCAGACCAUCCGGAUCUCUUCAUCCAAAAGUGGCUGCCAAAGUGCAAGCAUCCCAGGAAUCCAUGAACAAUGUCUCUUCCAUUUCUGCCUUGUUGCCAAAUAAUGUGGCCCAAACUAGUCAACAGCAGCCUAUACUUCCAGUGACUUCUACUGCUCUACCUAGUCAAGCAAAGCCCUCUGUUAGCCCUGUCCAUAGCGGCCUUAUGUGGAACAGCAUUCAGGGCAAUUUGAAUCAGCCAUCAUCCAAUCCUCACUUGCCCAUGCACCUUCAGAACUCUUCACUCAUGAAAGAUCCUAGCUUGUUGCUCCAGCGCCCUCCUAGUGCCCAUGAUUUGAUGAACAAGCGUCCACCAAGUGCACACAGCCAAACUUCAAUCAGACCAGAGCGUCCUGUUGUCAAAGUUGUCAAGAUUGGAGGAAUGGAUGAAAUGGUUUCUAAAAUCAAUGUUGAUGCUUCUCAGAAACAUUCAGAGGCUCCAUUUGGCUUUGCUGGCCCAGUUCCCCCAGCUCACAUUGGUCAGAGACCUUACAUGAUGGAGCAGCAGGGUCUCCCAAGCUCCCAUCACUCCCUGCACUUCCCUAACAGUGCUUUCAAGAGCAGUCUGGAGAUGCGCAACACUAAGUCUCCAUCCAUACCCCCACAGACGUCUUUGAAACUUGGCUCUGAGACCAGAACUCCACCUGUGACUACUGCCCCAGGAGCUAUGCUGUAUGCUGGGAUAGUGUCAUCACAGCCUAUUUCACUGUCUCCAACAUCUGCCAGUCCUGAAGGCCAGGUCAUUGAAAGACAUCCUAAUCCCAACUCGCUGAGAGAAACAGGAUGUCAGUCACCCCUCAGCCUACGCAUGCAUUCAGACCCCAGGUUUCUGAAAGAUGAUCUAGAAAACUCUGUGCAAUCUUCAGUUCAUGGUGAGCAAACAUCAACCAGAGAAAUGAUGUUCUUGAUGGAACAACAAAGGCUGCGUCAGCAUCUUCUUUUAGUGCAAGAGAACAACAGAACUGCUAAUCCCGAUCAGGGCCAUCCUGCAGAUGCCAGAAAUUUGAGGCUAGCACACGAUCAGGCCAGGAAUACCCCUGUAGGACCGAACAGCGCCAGGAAGAGCUCGUUAUCAUCUCAACCAGUUGGACUUAAUCAACCACUGAAUUUGGCAGAUUCUGACAGUCGGGUUGAUCCCUCACGGACUCCCAAAUCAACCCCACCUGCUCCACAAAGCCCAUUUUCCUUACCAUAUCUCGAUAGAAAAGUGGAACCUGGUCGCAUGCAGGUUGGAGUAACUAGUGCCUUCAUGCAGCCGAGCUCAAGUGGUGCCUGUGAAGCCAUUGCUCACAUGUAUCCUGAGAUCCCUCUUGGAUUGGCUACCCAGUUUAUUGGACGUCUAUAUGGCCCUGGGCACCAGGCACAGACUCACCUGCUGAGGGAAAAUGUCAUGCAAAGUCAUUUCCCCCCUUUUGCACCUGGGCCAAGAUUCCAAGUGCUGGAGCCCUACGACAAAAAGGGAGAACCAGGACAUCAAGACCAAGCCAGAGGCCUUCUUGGAUCGCCAUCACCUAAUCCAAUGCUUAGCCGGCAGGCUGAUCUUCUCCUAAUGAAACAACGCAUGCCCCAUGAACUCCAGACAAACAGCCCAGUGGGAUUUUUGCAGCGCUAUCCAGUUAUGUGGCAAGGGGCUUUGGCACUUAAAAAUGACAACAGUUAUGUACAAAUGCAUUUUAUUGCUGGCAACAGAAGGCUGCCCAAUCAAGCGCUUCCACAACCAAUGCAAAGUGGUGUGCUGCCUCCUCUACGUAUCAGCCAGAGAAUGAGGCUUGAACAAGCACAACUGGAAGGUGUAUCUAAAAGGAUGCAGUGUGAGGAAGAUUACUGUAUCCUGAUAGCUGUGGCUUGUGGCAGAGACCAAUCAGACAUUAGUGUCCAGACAAGAGCGUUAAGUGAAGGAUUUAUAACCUACCUACUCAACAAACAAGCUGCAGGCAUUGUCAAUGUUCCUUUACCAGGAUCUGAACAGGCUGGAUUUGUGGUUCACAUUUUCCCACCUUGUGACUUUGUGGAUAAUUCAGUCGCUGAACAAGGCAGUAUCACUCUGAUGGAGCAACUGAGAGAAGUGCCCCAUGCUGUCAUCAUCAUAGCUACCACCUGAACACCCCGACUAGACAAGAUGAGCCCAAGUGUUCAGGAAACAAGAAUGUGCCCCCAUGUUGUCAUUAUUGUAGCUACCACCUGAACACCAUGCUGUCAUCAUCAUAGCUACCACCUGAAUACCCAGACUAGACAAGUUGAGCCCAAGUGUUCAGGAAACAAGAAUGUGCCCCCGUGUUGUCAUCAUUGUAGCUACCACCUGAACACCCUGAUUAGACAAGUUGAGCCCAAGUGUUCAGGAAACAAGAAUGUGCCCCCAUGUUGUCAUCAUUGUAGCUAGGGCCAUAAAAGACUUUUACUUUUACCAAAUCAAUGGAUUUACAAACAUCAGGAUUCCUUGCACCAGACACAAAGGAACUCCAUGCUUCUCAAUAACUUGGUUUCUAUUCAGUGACUUUCAAUGAAACAAAACAAUGAAUAAAGAACUUUUUUUAAAAUAUGGACUAAAUAAGAGAAAAAAAAUAUACAAAUUUUGGAAUUAUUUAAUUCAAUAAUAAAUAAUAAAAUAAAGAACUUUUUUAAAAUUAUGGACUUAAUAAGAAAAAAAAAAAUAAAAUUUUGGAAUUAAUAUUUAAUUCAAUAUUAUUUAAAUUUUGCUGUCAAGAUCAGCAAUUAUAUUUACUUAAUGUCAUCUACAAAUAUGACAAAAAGACAAACAUGUACAUUUCAUGUUAAACAAAUACCAUUACUAUAAUUAACAUGUAAUAUGUUAAUAAACCCAAUUCUAAAGUGAGUGACUUCCUGCCAUUCCUAAGUGUCAGACUAGAGUGGCAGUGGACUUGUUUGCUGUACUGAAACUCUAUUGUGAUAUCUUGUUUUACAGACUUGUGCAUCCUGUUAUGUUAGGUCAUUAUAAUGUUUGGGUUUAUGUUGAGAUCAGUUUGAAUUAGGAACUUGGCACAUUGCUAAAGAUACCUAACUUCCCUCCCAGAGUGUACUUGGCAGGCGCUACGGGCGGGGCUUCUCUAGCAAUUUGGCAAUGAACUAGUUGCAACUGAAGUCUGACUUCUAAGUGGAAUGUUUGUUUCAGUUCCCUAAUCAUUGUGAUCUUUUUUUUUUUUUGUCAUUUUUAUUUGGUCAUUAUUUUGUACAUAAGUAUUAAAAUCACUUCACGAUGUGUUAACUAUUAAAAAAGAAAAAAAAUACUAUCAAACAAAAGUCUGAAAACUAUUCAACACUUGCCUAUUAUGAAUCAAUUAGCGAGUGUCCACUGAGUUGAGGUUCCUUCAGUCUUCAGUUACCCCAAUUAAAAGGGUAUUAAGAAAGUUUUUUUUGGGGGCAGGGUGGAAUUUUUUAACAAGUUUUCAUUUUUCAUGAGUUCUACUUACAUUUUGAACAUUCUACAUGUAACAUGUAUUUAAUUACAGCUGAUUUUCUCAGCAUAGGUAAAUUGUCUUGCAGUUGAAUGUAUAUUGUAUAUAAGACUUUAGAAAUGGCCAACUCCCUGUCUUAUGCUAUAUGUUGGUCUCACUUUGUGUCGGUGUAUUGUUAGGCUAUGAGAAAGUCGACUCAUUUUUUUUUGUCAUGUAAAUAAAAUGUUUAAAUUCUAAUUUGUACAGAAUGCAUAUUUGAUGUCUUGUAUGUAGUUUCUAUACAUAUGUACAUAGACCAAAAGAUAAGAUAUACUAUGUGCACACACUAUAUACAUAUUGUAGACAUAUUUAUAUAUAUAUAUAGUCAUGUCAUCCCCUGCCAUGAGCUGGCUCUUUCAACCAGAGAGCACAUUAAGUCUGCUGAUGUUCAUAUAACACACACACACACACACACCCACACACCACAUCCACACCUAAAAUGUUCUCUCUGUGUAGUCAGGAUCAUUCUUGUCAAGUCUUAAAUCUUACUUAAUCUUAACUGUUGUCUUUUCUGCUUGUCGUCACCCGUUGCCGUGGUUCCUUGUGUCGGUCCAACCAGCUCCUGCAUUACAUUUUUUUGUUCAGAUUUACCAAAACCAAAAACUAUUCACAUUGGUUCUAAGUUGUAUUUCAGAGAGAACUACCAGUGGAUAUUACAUUUGGUUUAGACUUAGGAUUGUUUUAAUUUGAUACAUUUACAAAGUCAAUGGCAUACAGUUUUUUGUUAUUGUCAUUGGUUGUAUGAUGAUCUAUUUAAUGUUAUUUGUUAGAAAAUCUAUAAGAAAUAAAAAUAAGAUGAAAAUAAUUACAAACCAAUUGACCAUUUUGUUUAGUCUGUAUUUUCAUACAUACAUGUUUUGUGAGAUGAAGUUACUAGUUCUACAGUCAACUCCAAAUAUUGAAGUUUUCUAGUUCUACAGUCAACUCCAAAUAUUUACACUUAAGUUCACACAUGUACAUGUUUGAAAGGCUACCAAAAUCAAAUAUAGAAAAUGGUAACGUAGUUUGGGCUUAAAUACAAGACAUUAAAAUGUAAAAACUGGGUCAAAAGAUACAGGCUUAAUGUAAUCUCUAAAUGGAGUGAAGUUUUGUAAUUAACAUAAUAUAUGUUCAUUCCUAGAGGCAGCAGUACACAUUGACUGAAUGGCAGAUUUGAGUGCUUGAUAACUACAUCCCAUUUAUGGCACAGGGCGCUACACUAAAGGUCAAUACAUAGUCAUUCAGGAAAUGGUCUUUCUCCUUAUGAAGAACAAAAAAGAAAAAAUAAAUUCAAAACCUGUAUCCUAAAUCUUUUAAUAUUAAGAGAGGAAAAAAACUUGGCCAUUUAAUCAAUGGGAAACAACUCUUUUUUUUUUUUUUCAAUUACUAAAUUAGUUGGAUUAGAAAAAUGGAUGACACUGCUAUGGUCCAAGUGUGUAACUGGCAAGCAGCAGGAAUGUCUGGUUUUUUUUUUGUUUGUUGUUGAACUGUCAUGAUCUCAAUAUGUGUCAGUUUCUUUUGGCUUUGAUUUUUAAAAAAAAAUGAAAUGCUGUAUAUACAAUUGUUCAUUCUUGACAAAAGGUGGCUCAGAUUCUCUCUCCAUGUUCACUUCAAAAACAUUUACCAGUAUGUCCUUAUGUGGAUAAAGAAAAUAAUUCAAAAAAAUGAACAACAGAGUGAAUCAUGAAAGCUCCAAUAUUGUUUCAUCAUAUAUUUUGUUAACAUUGGUGACUUCAAACAUUCAAAUGACUACUUCUAAGUGAAUAAAUGCUGAGACUUAGGUUAUUUUCUCUGAUGGUUAUGAAGUAAGUUCCGCAAGCAGUUUUUGAAACAAACUGUAGAUCUGUUGUAAUGCAAACAUUUGAAAUUAAAACUAGUGGGGGAAAAAAAAGUUUAUUAAAAUAAUUAAUGGGAACUAAUGACAUUUUCGAGAAUCCAAUCUGAGCUACCUUUUGCAUAUUGUCAUUGAUUGACCUUUUGAGUCAAAAGGUCAUGGUUAAAAGAACUUAUUGCUCAACGGGUCACUUCGAAUGUAUCGCUUGUGUAUUGGUUUCAUGCAGAUUGUGUUGGUGAUGUUUGUUGUUGACUCUGAACCUAAACCUUUGUUUAUUGAACAAGUAGAAAGUAAAUACAUUAAAUAAAAUCACUAUAUAUAUAUAUAUAUUAUAAAUAUAUAAAUAAAGAUAUAAAUAUUAUAUAAUUGUAUAUUUAAUUCAUUGGAUUCUAUGCUCCCAGAUGUUUUUUUUGGUGUCAUUCUGUGCGUAAGGACUUUUACCUCAUUCUUGGAAUCAAUCUGUGGGAUGGAUAUUUGUAUUUAAUGUAUGACUGGAACAGAGCAGCUGUUGGAGGUGUGCUUGCACCACACACACACACAGAGUCCAGCAGCCUGGCUCUACUGCUAAUAGUUUUGUUUCGUUUUCACAUUUUUUUAAAUUUGAUUUUUUAAAAAGUUUUCCUGUUUCUUUAACUAGAUCAUUCACUCUGUAGAACACAGACUAUUUUUUUUUAUACUUUACACACAGCUGAGAUUUGAAAGAAAAACAAAAUACUGGAUUAUAUAGACAUAAACAUUAUUAUUAUAUAUAUAUAUAUUCUUUUUUAUUUUAUUAUAUUAUUAUUAUUUUUUUUUAAUUUUCAAUUUGACUUUAACUAUAGAAGUAGAGUUGAGACUAAUAAAAGAAGCCUGUCUAAUUUCUUUGACAGCCAAACUUUGCCAGUGUCGCUAAUGCUAGGGUUGAUCAUGGGGUAGAAUUAAUGUCUUUGCUCAUUCUAUUUCUGCAUCAUUGAUAGUGACAUUUCUUGCAGGGUAUGAAAACAUUUUGUUUGUUUUAACCCAAUUAUAUAAGUGACCAAUCAAGUUUGUUUGACUCCACUCUUCAGUCUUCCUUAGAAUAUGUUAUGUGUUUGAAAUGAAGCUCUUAGAUCCACUAGUCUAGUCAACAAACAAAUGUAACUCAACUGACUUUACAAUGUACUUCAUCUAAAGUCAGGUCAAUAUGCACUAUAGGAGUACUGCAUAGAACCUCAAUAGUAUCGUUAGACAACAGUACAGGUCUGGAUAUAAAUGAACAAACAAAAAAAAUAUUUGAAUUGUUACUUUUUUGUUCAGUGCUUGUGUGGGCUUGUGAAAGAACAUUUUUGUGUGUGUAAAUACAUUUAAUUUGAACUCAUGUGAUAUGUUCAAUGUGAAAUAAACUUGUAUAAUAAAUACAAA